CUCACCAAUGUAUACUCUGCAGUGAAUGGGUGCUAUCAGAAUAAAUGUCCACACGGCUGAUAAAAAGUGAGCAAUGUUAUGGAUUAUGGCCUCGGCUGGAAGCAAGCGAUUGAAGUUAAAACUUGCUGAAUGAUGAGAUUUCAUAAACAUGAAACUCUUCGCUUCAUAAGAUGUUAACCGAUAGACCGGGGUGGUGUGGGUUAUUGUUUUAAGCAGCUGUUUAAAUUCAUUCUGACGGCACCCAUUCGCUGCAGAGGAUCCACUGGUGAGGUUCGUUCUGAUGAAUAAACAAACUCAUCCACAUCUUGUGUGACCCGAGGGUGAGUACACUUUGAGCAAAUUUAGUUGUUGUUUUUUUAAGGUGUGUUCAAACUGUUUACCUGAUCGGAAAAUGUAAUGCUUUUAAGCCAUUAUUUGCAUAAUUGCAAACUAUAUGCAAUGAGGUCUAAGAGUCAGUUGGAACACAUGCUCUGAUUUAUUUGAUUUUAGUGGCACAGUUUUAUGUGGUUCACGAAUGCACAUAGACUUAAUUUAAUGAAAAACCUGUUUACUCUCUAAUCCAUACAGCUUUACUCUUUUAAAAACAGAACUGGCUUCAAAAUAUAAACGCUUCAGGUUAUGUUUUUAAGAGUACCUUUUUUAAAAAGGGGCUAUAAAGUUAUCUUUGGUUUUCAGAAGCAAAUAUGUGCAUUCUUCCCGUUAUGCUUCAUUUUUGACACUUCAAAAAUAACCUCAGUACACGAUGUUGCCGUUUCGGUUCUUGACAGAGACAAUGAAGCAUCUGAGGUGUGUUUGGUUUGCAGUGAAUUAUUUCGGGUUCAUCAGACCAUCAUUUUCUCCCAAGGUUUUUACGUUUUGUCUCAUGGCUUCUAACCACUUUCCCAAACUGACUGUAAUGAUGGCCCAGAGAUUUUCAUUUAUCCCAGAGCUUCCAAGAAGGUUCAAACCUUGCUUUUUCUAGCUUCCUUCAGAUUGUCUAUGGUUACCAAGGAGACGUGUCUUAUGAAAAUGUAUGAAAUGUUCACUCAGACGGAGCCCCUGUUGUUGUGUUUGAUUGCUGAUAUUUUUAUUUUUUUUUUUCAAAAUUAGUGUGUAUUCAUGCACACGUAGCAAUCACGCGCUCAUUCAUACGCGCUGUACAAUCAGUGGGAUUGAUUGUGUUAAGAAAAUCAUUCAUAAUGUUUUACUGCUCUCUGCAGGGAGGAAAACAACCCCCUAGUGACAAUAGCUGUAAAAUGUGCCCCGUGUCCUUGUGCACUCAUUGGUGGGACAGCACCUUGGCGAGGAUCUCUGAUUGGCUAUCGGCCGCUUUUGCGGGCAACCAAUCGGCGCUUCUGUAUCCAAGUCAACUUGGAAUGUUGAGCUAUUUAAAUCCAGAGAAGAUGGAUCUGAUUUACUGACUUUUACACUGAAAAUCGCCCGAUUGGAAAGUUGCGUAUCUCUGCGUAUGUUUAAAGCGACAGCCAUCUAAGUGUUCUUUUACAAAAAUAUUUUUUUUUACUGCAUGAUUAAAGGCUUCACUUAAUGUGUUUGAGGUCUUGCGUUUUAUAUGAUCGGUAUAAAAAGUCUUUCGUCUGAGACACAACGGAUUAAAUCGAGAAAAAGAUCUUGCUGAUGGCUGAAGGUGCACCUUUGAGACGGGUCUGUCCUCUUUGCUGCUGUCAGCGCGAUAAAACUGAAUCGCUUGACUGAGUUUUCAUCGCCCUCUGCAGGUUAAAUCCCAAUGUCUGCAAAUUCAAAUACCUUCAAUGUAUAUAUAGAUGUAACAGUGCGAUAUUUACGCCACUAAAUUUUUACUACAACGUGUAUUUGUACUAUAAAUAGUAAGUGUCUUUAGUCACUGGAAUUACAAUCAAAACAAUAAAAAGUAAACCAUAUUAUAUAUCAAAUAAAACCAUACUUCUAAUUUGACAGUUCAAAUUUACAGUUAAUUGUAUGCCAGCUUUUAUGAUUAAGUUAACUCGCUUGUGUUUGGAUCUGAAGCUGCGAUUUACCGCCAUUUAUUUAAAGCGCGUCCGCGCGCGUCUCCCGUCUCUAUAGCAACUGAGCAAACACCGAUACAUUGUGGCAAAUGUUCAUACGGCAUGGACGCUAUUAAAGUUCUUUUUUAUUUAAAUGUCUUUUAAAAAGCGCUGUACGCGGACUGCUCUGCACACAACUAAGGGAUUGUGAGCUGAAGAUGUCGCAGACGUACAGAUUCGUCUCGUCAGUGAAAGCGGAGCAGCUUGAAGAAGAGCUGUCUGCUCAGAUUCAGGCUCUGAAGACCGAGAUAGAGGACAAGGAGAUUUUACACCAAAUGUCCUCAAAAUCCUAUAGCUCUGUCCAUAUUCCAAAAGAUGUAUCUUACUUCCGUAUGGAGAGGCAGCAGGUACUCCUCAAAGCACUGCAAGUUUCGUCCACAAAGCCCGUCGUGUCUCAGGCAGAAGUCGCUCGGAGAGAGACGGAGAGCUGUCUGACCCAAGAGCACACACCUGACAGUCUGCCUUUACUGUUGCAUCAGUUUUACGCAGAUCAAGCGUAUAAACUGGCACGGUGUAAAUACCAGCUGAUGCUAAGAUGGAGGAGAUUCGGACGCCAUUCCGCUGUCUUGGAGAAACUAUAUCCUCAAUAUAAAAAACAGAUCACGCAUUUAAACAGUGAAUUUGAGGAUUCUGUCCAUCGGGCACGUCGUCUUGCCGUGUCCAGAGAGAAGAUCCUGGCUGGUGCGGAGAGCCCUGUCGGUUUGGUCCUGCUGGAAGACGUCAGCAUUUACCUGCAGUGGCUUAUUUGCCAUCUGCACUCUGUCAAAAGCAUCCACAACUUUCUGCACGUUCUCCAUUAUUUCCCUUUGACUGAGUGGAAUGAGGAUCAGAUGUCUGGUGUGGCUGAUUUGAUAUCUCCUGCAUAUUUUGAUGGAGUUUUUGCAUCAAUGUCAGACGUCCCCCUGCACUCAACCAAUAUAGAGGACUUUAAAACCCAGCUGGAUUUCCUCCUGUCACAUUAUGAAAUUCAGUUCAAUACCGGCACCAUCAAGACAGUUGGAGAUGAAAUGGAGCUCUUUAGUCUGGUUAACUACCUGUUCAGGACUGUGUUUAAGUGUCAGGAGGAGAUGAAGACCUUCUUGCAAUACGACAGCACUGAAGCAACAGAGAGAAAGUGGGGGAAAAAGAGUCCGAACAUGACGCUUAGAAAAGAGUCCAACUGGAUUCCUCAUGUUCAGAUGAAACCAAAACGAGAUCCUUGGCAACAAAAACAAAUGGCCAAACUCAAGGAGCUCAGAUCAAUGGAUGAGCUUCUACUGAUGCGUGCCAAACUCCUGGAGGAGUCGGAUCUUCGUAAAGCGACUGAUGCUUUGAAGCAGUACGUUGCAUCUGUCUGUCAACCAGAACCCACAAAACCUGCAUCCAUCAGCACAGCGGUCCUCAAAGAAACGUCUGGCAUGUGGAAAAGCAUUUAUAACACAUCAAACAUGUUUCAGGUGGCCACUGGACAGACUUCUAAUUUAUCUAAAUACACAGAUUCUGAGGAAAAGAAUAAAGGCGGUUCUGGUCAAAGCGGUGGUGCUUAUCUUCUUGAGAAAGAUGAAGAUGUUGAAGAUGUUCCCAAGGAUCCUGUAACUGUCAGAGGAGCUUAUGUGUCUUUAAUCUACCUGAGACACCUCAGGAUAAGAGGACUCAAGCGUACAUGUCUGAGCAUGCUGAACUACCUGCGGUCAGUAGAAAGGACUCUGGCGAUGGACACUGCUGGUCUGGAGCUGGUUGGAGGAGAUCUGGUGCGAAGUGUGGAGGAGACGGGCUGGAUGUGUGCCGCUAGAGGAGAUGAUGGCUCUGCCGGAGCUCUAGGAUCACAACAGUACAUCUACAACAGCCCAGUUGAUUAUAAGGUUCACUCCGCAGAGUUUAUGGAGUUUCCUGAGGUGGAGAACCUUCAUGAUUAUUACAGCACAGACGGGAGCUGCAUCCACACGCAGGACCAGCGAGGUCUGUACGUCAUCUAUGACGUGGCUCUGAUGGACCUGGAAGAGCUGGAGCAACAUCUACUGCUCACAGCGUCUCAUUUCAUACAGAGGAGCGGAGAAUUACAUGAAUCUGAUGGAUCUGGAGGAGAACUUCACUCCUUGGCUAAAAUGAAUGUGGAUCGGUUGGCUGUGCUUUUAGACAUAUGGACGUGUGAAGCAGAAUUUCUGGAACACAAAAUACAGCUCUUGAAUUGCUAUUUGGAGGCGUAUCAGCAUGUCACCGAUCCAGAGGAACAGAUCAGGCUGGCUCAGGUCAUCACCGACGUCAUGCACAGAAGGCCUCAGAUGGAUUUAACCGCUGGAUAUUUUGUUCAAGCUUACAGGGACGCAAUCGUCUGCCUCCAAAGCCACCAACAGCUCAUCAAAGCAGUGCUGAACAAUCAGAUUGAUGAGCAGAGACAGUAUCUGGAGAAAAUAUGGAGGGAGGGACAGAGUGGUUGUUCAAGACGAUACGGUCUGCCACCAAGCUACAUCCCUAAACAUCUGGUAUCAGUCGGUGGAAACCGGCCUGCUUUGAAGAGCGUGUAUUUCUUGGAGAUUCACCCCUCGCUGUGUUUGGCGUCUCGGCUGUACGAGGGUCUUGAGCGGGCCUGUGCCGAACUGUGUGAGCUGCACAGAGCAAAAACACCGUCUCAGAGAGUCAAACUGGAGCAAAAGCUCCUGGAAACGGCCCUGCGACAUUGGCACGCACUUGCUGCACCUGGAGCAACCUACAGUUCUCAGACACAGAAAGACUUGUUCUCAGAUGGGUUCAUUGAGGACCCUGCACGGGUCAGAGAGCUGGGACUGUCUGUUGUGAGGUCUGUAGAGGAACGAGGCAAAGACAGACAGUUGUUCAUGCUGAAGACGUUCUGCACGUUGCUCGAGCUCGUCACACUCCGUCACCGCAUCAUUGAGUCAGCGGCAGAGACCCAGCAUCUGUCCCAAUUGUAUAAAUCAGUGGCCAGAGCGAUGGGCUUUGAUGAAGUUCAUUUGUUCCUGCGGCCGGUGCAGUUUGAGUUCGCUGUGCUGAAAGAGAUACCAAAACAGCUUCCCGUGUUCAUCACGGCCCUCCAGGACGACAAACACAACGCUGACAGGUUUGUCCCGAACAGCCUGCCUCUCGCUGUUCACGAGCUUGAUGAGAGUCAUAUUGGCAAAUUUAGCUUUCUAUCUAACGAAGCGGUUUUACAGCUCAUGAAUCCGUCCAGCUUGGAGAACCUGCAGGUGGUUCUGGUGUGUCAGGUGGUGCAGAAGAACGCUCUGAUCGGUGCACUUAAACAAGCGUCCGUAUGCUAUAGGACAGAGAAGCUGCUUCAGUCCUCAGAUACGGACCUGCUGCUGCAGCACGAAGGAACUGCUUCCUCUGAAAACAGGAAACGUGACUUAGCUACUAGAAACAGGCUUGCAGGUGCUUUUGCGUCCAUUCAGCUGGAGAAAGUGGGUCUUCGAGACGAAAUGCUGAACGCGUUCAUAAAGAAGAAAGAACAGAUGAGCGCGCUGAAGCUAAACUCUGAGGAAGUGGGCAGGAUCAAGAGGAAACUGGUUUUGGAGUUCUGCCAGAAAUUCGACAAGCGUAUGUCUCAGUUCUGUGUUCGAGGGCAGGUUGUUGCUCUUUGCCACAGUCUCUCUUCACUCCUGGAUGAGGUGCCACACAUCCGUGACAAUCACUUUGUGAUGGGAACACCCGAUGAAACCAGAUCAGACCUGCAGUCAGACGACAGACUGUGUCCUGAUCCAAGGACAUUUGAGCCUCGUCCCAGAAGACUGUUAUCAGCCGAUGGAAAGCGUCUGGUAAACCUGUGGUUCAUCCCUCAUUACACAGAGGUGCUGCUCAUGUUCAAAGCUCUGGAGGAGAAGGAGUGUCACCGGGCUCUUCAGAACACGCUGCAGAUAGUUUCAGCUCUUCAUGAUGUGGUCUGUUACCUGGUGAGCUUUGCACGGCUGGGGAAUCCAAACACCUCCUUCAGUCCCAGCAGCGCUCAGAGGCUCACGGCGGACUGGGGCGGCUUAGAGAGCAUCGGGGCUGAACUGUUUGACGUCCAGCGACAGAUUGACUCUCUCUGUGAGCCCAGAAGUUCAGAGGCUGUCGCCGGGCUCCUGCAGCUCCACAGGGACGUGCUCUUCCUGCGCUUUGAUACCGCAGUGAGCUACAUGAUCAGGGAGGCGUUCCUCUCCUCUGGAAACCUCUCGGCCUAUCAGAGCGUGAGUGAAAACAUGAGCCACGCCCUCCCUCUCAUGAGUGACAGCUUGAUGGGAGGAGCCAGUUUCCUGCCUGUUCCCGAGCCGCUAGAACCGGCCGGUCUCCAGGCCAAAAAAUUGUAUCCAUGGAGAUCUUUCAUUGCAAUCCAUGGAUCACAUCCUUUGGUUAUAUGGGAUGUUUCACCUAUCGAGCAUUACAUGCAGCUCUGCCUCUGUGAUCUGAACGACCGCUGUAGAAUGGAGGCUAAUGGGGCCAUUCUGGGCGUAUCUCUGGUCAUUGAUGAUGUGCUGAGCAGCGGAAGAGAAGCAGCGCCGCUCCAGCUACAGACCACAGGAGAUCUCGACAUCACCACAGCAUCUGAUAGAGAAGUUCUUAAUGAUAACGUGGGAAACGUGGAGAGAAAAGCAGAGGUUGCAUCUAAAACCCAAGACCCCACACGGUCCCUGAUGAAGCAGCGGGGUUUUUUACUGCUGUGGAAGCAGAUGGAGGUUUUUAAAGAGAGCUGGACUCGACGACAGACCUCAAUAAACACCCCUGCGCUGUUUAAACGCUUAUCUCAGCUUUACAGGACGGAGAUUUACUUUCCCAGCAUGCAAGCUCUGGCCCAGCACAUGGAAAAGGAGAAGGAAUAUGAGGUCUUGCUGUCUCAGACCCAGUCUGUCCUUCCACCUCCAGGAGCAGCAGAAGUUGACGUCAAAACAUGGCAGUUACUGAGGCUCUUGGAGAUCACCGAGUGUGACAUGAUUCGAGCGCUUCAGAAGAGGAUUAGCAGUGAAAUGACUCUAGUGAUGUCGGAGCACUCGCGCCAUGACCCCCGGCUCCCCGCAGAGCUUUGGAAACGGGCUUCGACGAAGCACGGCGUUUCUGUAGAGAGGCCGCAGGUUGUGGAGGAUUUCAUCCAGCGGCUGAUGAAUGGUGUUGAGCGUGAGACUGAUGGACAGGUGAUGUUCUCCGGCGCUCAUCUGCAGAAGUGUUUGACUGAUCUGACCUGCGCUGUAAUGAAUCACGAGCGGAGCGGCUUCCAGCGAUAUUCCCAGUUUUAUGAGCAAAUCCUUCAACAGCAGGAACGACUUCUUUAUCAGAGAGAGCAGGAUGUUAAAGAGCUGGAAGCCAAAGAAAUGCUGGCCAGUGACCCCUACAGAAAGGCGGCGGAUGUGUGUCGUGGGAUGAUGGCUGACAUCACGGCUCUGCGUGCCAGAGUUUGUCAGCUGGAGGAGGAGAAGAAAAGCUUGGAUCAGCAUGUCAACCUCAAACACAGAGAGCGCUAUGACACGCUGGUCCGCCAGCUCUUCUCCACAUGCGUUCUCCUGAAGUCACGUCUGGACAAAUACCAUAUGAGCAUGGACCGUGAUGUGCGACAGCUGGUGAGCAGCGUGAGGAAGGACGGCGUGGACAGAAUCAUCAAACUGAAAAAUAAAGUCUCCUCUGCUGAUGAUAACGAGACUCUCAUUCACACACUUUGUGAGAAAGAGGUGUUAGAAGAUCUUCAUGCGGAGAAUAGUAGGAUGGCUGGACUUGUGUGUAAACUGAGAUUCUUUAACCACUGGAGGCUGGUGAUCUCUCAGGAGAAACUACAAAAAGAGCUGCUGCAGUGGAAACUGAAUGAGGUGUCGUGUAAAACCGAAGCUCUCAAAGUGAAGAUGAUCUCGGAGCAGAAGGAGAUCGGUCUAAAACAAGAGCUGGAUGCUGCGCAGGAGGCCCUGCUGCGGUGUAAGAGUGAAUAUGAGCACGUCCAGAGACAGAUCAUGCAGCAGUCUCAGAAGCUGCAGGACAUCGAGCAUCGCUCCACGCGAGACGCUCAGAGCCGACAGGAGCUGCAGAUGCUGCGGAUGCAGAGUCUGGAGCAGCUGCAGGAGGACAUGGAGGACAGAGAGAGUCAGCUCAGAGCUCUCAGCGCACAACUCCAGAAGAACAGCAAAGAGACAGAGCUGCGGCAACAACGCAGCCACAGGCAGAUCAAACACGUCAGAGGUCAGCUUCAUCAGGAGCGGAGCCUGAAACAUGAAGCGUUUCAGCAGGUGGACAAGCUACAAAGUCAGAUCCACACUUUUGAGUCUGCAUUGUGUAAAUCUACACUUCCUUCAGGACGCCAAAGCUCUUCCUCAAGAAGGCUACAUUUACGAAACGCGUCAGCAGGUUUGCUCAGGAACAACUCGGUUAUGUCGUUUAUGAACGCCGCCGAUGAGCUCAAUACCGAAUCGGGUUGGAGAGAGUCCUGGGUGCCCCUGGACAGACCCAAAACGACCUCCAGUCGUCUCCGUCUGGACAUCUCAGAGGCGCUGUUACCCAGUCUUCCUGACGGAAAUGCUUCUUCUAACUACAUCACAUACCAGAAUCGUAGAUUGAGUCACAAGUAAAUAAUCACAACCGAUGAUCGAUA